AUGUCUUUCUUAACUUCAUUGUGGUCGUCAUUUCGUUUCAUUCUUGCGCUAUCUGUCAUCAUACGCGUCACCCUGAUCGUGUACAGCGAAUGGCACGACGCUCGGUCAGUAGUCAAAUACACGGAUGUGGACUACCGUGUCUUCAGUGACGCUGCAAAAUAUGUUUUACGUCCAGGACCAGGAGGCACGAACUUAGCGGCUGGACCAUGGAAAGUGGGGAAUUUUGGAGAUCCUUACAGCCGCGAAACAUACCGUUACACACCUUUGUUGGCCUUACUGUUGACACCGAAUGAAUGGCUUCAUCCAUCCUUUGGGAAAUACCUAUUUGCAGCUUGCGAUAUCGUCAACGGGAUAUUGAUUUACAAGUUACUUGCCUCGGUCCUUCUUCCUCGACCUGCUGGUACUCCGAAACCUUCCAAACACAAGAAUGGCAAACAAGCCACUAUCUACAGUGCCGUACAUCUCCUCAAUCCAAUGGUAUUUUCUAUAUCCACAAGAGGUUCCUCAGAAUCAGUUCUGUCCCUCCUCGUUCUGGGGACUUUAUACGCGAUGCUCACGCGUAGAUGGAGGCUUGCAGCGGUGAUGCUGGGCAUUAGCGUUCAUUGGAAGCUAUAUCCGUUCAUCUACGGAUUUUCGUGUCUGAACGCUCUUCGUUAUUGGGACAAGGCAUCGGGGAGCGGUGAAACGAGGGGAGGGUGCAUGGAUUACAUCAAGUCAUUCGUGAACUGGAGAACGUUCACGUUCGGACUGUUAAGCAUUGGGACAUUUGUGCUGCUCACGGGUGGUUGCUAUCUUAUAUGGGGCUAUCCAUUCCUCUACGAAACGUAUCUCUAUCACAUUCAACGGCGAGAUCACCGGCACAACUUUUCUCCCUACUUCUACCUGACAUACCUCACCUACCCUCCACUCCAACCAACCCUGUCGGACCGCCCAACUUCGUCAUGGCAAGCGAUUCACCAUUCCAGUCUUAUCAGCUUCCUCCCGCAAAUGAUUUUGGCUAUAGGCACAGGCUUUCUGUUCGGGAAUAAAAAGAACAACCUACCAUUCACCUGGUUUGUGCAAACAUUCGUUUUCGUAGUGUUCAACAAAGUCUGUACGUCGCAAUACUUUCUUUGGUACCUCCUCCUUCUCCCCCUUCUUUUACCGCGCUUGAACAUGAGUAAGAGAAACGGUGCAACCUGUGUUACUGUAUGGGUGGGCGUUCAGGUACUUUGGUUAAGUGAAGCGUACAAGCUCGAGUUCCUUGGCCAGAAUGUUUUCUACGGACUGUGGAUACGAGGACUCAUAUAUUUCAUCGGGAAUUCCUGGGUACUUGGAGCGGUCAUGGAAAGUUACCAAUAA